AUGGCUGAGCAAUCCGUGGAGGAAGCCGUGGAGGAAGCCGUGGAAGCUGAAGGUCUUCUCAUCCCAGAGCUCUCGGAAUACAGCCAAGCGCCUGAAAGUCCCUACCUGACCCCCGCCAUCACGCUGAAGGUUAGCGACCGCUACUACACCAUUCCACAGUAUUACCUCCGUUCUUUUAAGCAACUGAAAUGCAGUCCACAUGCCCUUGUGCAAAGCCAGUUUUUGAAUCCCAAACCCUAUCAUCUCGAGCUGGCUAUCAAUCCGCAAAGCGCACAUACCUUCGUUCAUUACCUAUACACGGGGGAGUUUGAGACCCUUGAAAGCUCAUUCGAGCCCCCUCGGACUGCGGAUGACAUCCCAGAGGUCCUCAGCACCCGCGACAGCAUCGAGUUUGAACGCGCAGCCCAUACGUACGCCGCUGCGGUUCGGUACCAGAUCCCGGGGUUACAGGACAUGGCUCAAGGAUUCAUGGUCCGGUUCGCGGAGAGAUUGACGAUGGAAGACAUUUUGAGUGUAGCACGGAACAUAUAUCCCAGACUCUCCGAAGAGGAAUCUGGUCGCACGUGGCUAGAGGGCUUUGUUCGCAGGAGAUUAGAAAUCGCGUACAACAACAGGAAUGGAAAACUCAGAUGGAUGAUGACGGCGUAUGGGAUUGGGAACGACGAGAAAUUUGAUCGAUUUGUUAUUGAUGAGGUCUUGGCACUGUACGAGAAGGAGCUGGAGGAGGUAUCUGCGGCUCUUGAGGAGGCUAAGGACGCUAUGGAGGAUUGGAAGAGGAUGAAACUCACGUUGGAUCCUGCGCCAGAGCCUUUGCUUGAGUGUGCGUCUGAACACGAGCCCGAAAAAGGACCUGGGCUUGAGUCAAGUUCGGAUUCGGGUCUCGUGAAUACAGCAGAUUCCAUUCAUGAGUCCUGA